UAGCUAGGAUACUAGCCGUCCUCUUCCCCACUCGCCAUUGGCAGACGCGUGAUGGGGGAAGUGCUGCUCCUCUCGAAGAAGUCACCCGCUCCGGCCAUAAACAUCAUUGAGAAGCGACGAAGAUAAAGAUUGGGUUCCCCUUUCUAAGCAUGGACUUUGACGAGGAGUCGUCGCCAGCAUUGGCGUUUGAGAAGGACGCCUUCGAGCUGACUGUGGAGGACGUGUACGACAUCUCGUACGUCGUCGGACGAGACUUGUUGAGGAUCAGCCGUACGGGCGAAGAAGUGUCUGACCUCCAGUUUCGCAUAGUUCGCGUGCUGGAGAUGUUCGAAACGAUGGUCAACAAGUACAACUUGUCCCUGGAAGAGCUGAAAAUUGAGAGGGACAACCUGAAGAGCGAAUUGGACCGCGUCGUCACGGAAAGCUCCACCGGCCAGGGCACGCAAGCGGUGGGACCCAAUCAAAUGGUGGUGGACCUGAGUGACCCCAACAGGCCUCGCUUCACCAUGCAGGAGCUGAAAGAGGUCCUACAGGAGCGCAACCAGCUGAAGGCCCAGCUCAUGGUGGCCCAAGAGGAGCUGCAGCUCUACAAGAGCGGGAUUCUGUCACAGGGCCAAGCGGCCAUGGUGGAAGUGGACUUGGACGGGUCGGUGCAGAACGGAGCGGCCGGGAUCAACGAUGCAAAAACGGAAAAGACCACCAUUGGAAAACUGUUUUCAUUUAGACGGAAGUAAGACGAGAAGACCUCAAAAAAUACCCUGGUGGGACUGGAUUGUUUGGAAGGUUUCUCGAACCACUUUUAUAUUUUUGUACUCACAGACUAUUUGUAAAGUUAACACACGCUUAAUUUUACAUGUGUAACAAAAGAUUUAUUAUUGUGAUGCUCUUCAAAUCAUUAGGUACACCUGCAUCCUAUACAUGAGCCUUCACAAGAGAGAUACAAAAAGUUAAAACACGAGCUCUUUAUGAUGGCAGGAAAGGCAACUCGACUCACUUAACCAACACUUUGGCAAAUUGUUAGCAAUACCUAAGAAAAAAAGAAAAAACUGUCAAACUGAACAUUGUGCCUUUUAGACAAACACACGGCUUUUUCUGCUAGCUUUGCGCUAUUGCUAACACACAAUAGGUAACACAUUAAUAAGCAAUUGAUAUGUAUUUAAACUUUCAACAUAACAGUACUCAAAUCAUAUAUUCUUUAUCCACUGAAAUGAGCAGACCCAAUCUUUCCUAUACUGCCCACAUACUGUUUAUGUAAUCACGGACGUCAGGUUCGUCAAAGACAAAAUUUGUUUUGAUGUUCACAGUAACAUGCGUUAGUCAUUGGCAACUAAAUUGUCUUGGAUGUUUACAAAAACAAACAUCAGGUUUAUUCGAGAAGACAAAUUCCUCAACGUUUAUGAAACCAUAUGUUCAUUGACGACAAAACAGUCUAGUUUAGGAAAACACACAUUUCAGUUAGAUUGCAUUUUUUGUUUGAUACUCCCAAAAAUUCACAGUUAAACCAAAUGUCAAAUUAUAAUGUUAAAAAAAACAUUUGGUCUCCAAACACACAUAGUAGGUUUAUUGUAAUAAUUUCAAUUUAACAAAAUGCGUUGAUUAUACUUAACGUCUUCAUCAACAAAAACGAAAGUAUCUGAGGUUUACAAAAACACAUCAAACUCAAACCACACUGGCCACAUCUUGUGAUGCACUUCCUUUGAGUACCUAAUGAAGCGUUCAGUCCAGUGCUUUUCACUUUAAUGAUAUUGUAACUGAAUUUCUUACAAAAUGACAUUUUAAUGCCCAGUAAUGUUUGUGAUGGCGGAAAAUUUGAUUCCUGCUCCGAGGAGCUACAAAGCAAAACAUUCAUCUCCUCAUGACACUUUGAACCAUUUAUUCCUUAAAUGCAUUUCUCAGCUCAUUGUGUCUUUUAUUGAGCACAGCUUAGCUCAUAAUUUAUACGGGUGGAAAAUAUCACAGCAGUAGACAAUAUGUAACAUUUGAUCCUUUACAGCAGAGAAAUGUAAAAAGCAUGAUUAAAAUUGUUU